AUGCAGUUACACCACGCUAGGCUUCAUGCAGUUACACGUAGACGCGCUUCAUGCAGACACGUAGACGCGCUUCAUGCAUACACGUAUCCCUGUGCUGACGCGCUUCAUGCAGGUAACGCUAGGCUUCAUGCAGUUACACGUAUCGCUGCUUCAUGCAGUUACACUUACACGUAUCGCUGUGUUAACGCUAGGCUUCAUGCAGUUACACGCUGUGCUGACACUAGGCUUCAUGCAGUUACACGUAUCCCUGUGCUGACGCUAGGCUUCAUGCAGCUACACGCUUCAUGCAGUUACGCGUAUCGCUGUGCUGACGCUAGGCUUCAUGCAUUGUGUUUGGAAUUUGCAUAUCUCUCGCAAAACAUACGGUGUUUAUGUGUAAUGGCUCUUACUGCGAAGAUUCGUAUUUGUCAAUUAAAAGGUUUGACAGCUUUCUUACAAUAUUCAACAGCGGCUUCAACUACAAAUCUUAAAGAAGUGCUUGCACAAAAAAUUUCAAUUCAUAACGAGAAAGUCCGAGAAUUUCGAAAACAGCAUGGUGCAACGGUAAUUCAAAAUGUAACUGUAGAUAUGCUUUAUGGUGGAAUGCGGACUUUGAAGGCGCUGGUAACUGAGACAUCUGUGCUAGAUCCAGAAGAAGGUAUACGAUUCCGUGGUUAUUCUAUACCGGAAUGCCAAAAAAUGUUGCCUAAGGCAAAAGGAGGUGAAGAACCAUUACCGGAAGGGAUUUGGUGGCUGCUGUGCACUGGUGAUAUUCCAACUGAGGCACAAACUACAGCAAUCAGUAAGGAAUGGGCUGCUCAUGCAGAUCUACCAAAGCAUGUCGAACAAAUGAUCUGUAAUUUUCCGAAUAAUUUGCAUCCUAUGGCACAGUUUGUGUCGGCUAUUGCCGCUCUUAAUUGUGACAGUAAAUUUGCCGAAGCCUACAGUAAAGGAGUACAGAAAGCGAAAUAUUGGGAGUUUGUAUAUGAAGAUGCUAUGAGACUUCUUGCAAAAUUACCUACAAUUGCUGCACUUAUUUAUCGAAAUUUAUACAGAGAUGGUACAUUGGCAAGUGUAGUAAACUCAUCGAAUGAUUGGUCUGCCAAUUUUACAUCAAUGCUGGGUUUUAAUGAUCCAAAGUUCACUGAACUUAUGCGCUUGUAUCUCACAAUUCAUAGCGAUCACGAAGGCGGUAACGUUUCUGCGCAUACGUCUCAUCUAGUCAGCUCCGCGUUAGCAGAUCCAUAUUUAUCGUUUUCUGCUGCUAUGGGUGGACUUGCUGGACCGUUACAUGGUCUGGCCAAUCAAGAGGUGCUGGUGUUCUUAACAAAGUGCAGAAAAGAACUAGGCGAUAACUACACUGAUCAACAGUUGCGUGACUGGAUAUGGAAUCAUUUGAAAAGUGGACAGGUAGUACCGGGUUAUGGUCAUGCUGUACUACGCAAAACAGAUCCUCGAUACACGUGCCAGCGAGAGUUUGCCUUGAAGCAUCUUCCGAAGGAUCCAAUGUUCCAUCUCGUUUCAAAGCUUUAUGAAUUUACUCCUGAUAUCCUUUUGAAGCAAGGAAAGGCCAAGAAUCCAUGGCCAAAUGUGGAUGCACAUUCUGGAGUGCUGCUUCAAUAUUAUGGCAUGAAAGAGAUGUCCUUCUAUACGGUGCUUUUUGGUGUCUCACGUGCACUCGGUUGUUUAUCACAGAUGAUAUGGUCUCGUGCUAUGGGCUUGCCACUCGAACGUCCCAAAUCUCAUUCAACUGAUGGUCUAAUGAAAUUGGUUAAUAAAAGUUGA